AUGGCUACAGUCAUGAACCCUCAGAUCGACGUGGAAGUUGAGGAGUGCCUCAUAAUGAAAGUGGACAAGGACUCCGAGUGGGCAUCGGAGCCCAUUCUGGAAAGAUCAGGCAGCACUGAAUGUGAAUCUUUUCGUAAAUGCUUCAGGCAGUUCUGUUACAAGGAUGUGACAGGACCCCAUGAAGCUUUCAGUAAACUCUGGGAACUCUGCUGCCGGUGGUUGAAGCCAGAAAUGCGUUCCAAGGAACAGAUCCUCGAGCAGCUGGUAAUCGAACAGUUUCUCACCAUUCUGCCAGAGAAGAUUCAGGCCUGGGCACAGAAACAGUGUCCAGAAAGCGGAGAGGAGGCGGUGGCCCUAGUAGUACUUUUGGAGAAAGAGACCAGAAGACUUCGAAAGCAGGUCAGUAGCCCUCUACAUUCAGAGAAGCAAGGCCCACCUAGAACUGCGUGGGAAGUAGCUGACUGUGAGCCAGAGCAACUGGAGAUCCAGCACAGGGUCGUUUCUCGGGAGGAAGCUGGAAGCCUCCACUCAGGACACCAGGAACAGCUGAACCAAAAAAGGGAGCAUAGGCCAUUACCUAUGAAUGCUCGCUCUUCUGUCUGGGUUCCUGUCCCUAGUGAUGAGUGGAACGCUGUAGAUGAGGAAGUGACAACCCAGGAACCAGUGAGAGAUGUCCACACAAUGAGAAGCUUUUCCUCCAAAAAGAGUGUACAGCAAGUUCCUGCGCACAGAGAUCUCUACCAUGAAAUCAGGAAGGAAAGUGCAGGGAGCGUGGUUUCCUUGGGAGACACUGUGUCUGCACCUAACAAAAUAGCCCAGUUGGAACAAAACAAGGAACCAUGGACUGUAGGUCUACAUUCCUCAAAUAAGAGGAAUAGUGUCCUGCAAAGCAACUACAUCAAAGAGAAGUCAGUGCGCGCUGUUCAGAUCCCAGCAAGGAAUGCAGGGAAAGUGUGGCGAGAGCAGCAGCAGUGGGGUUUAGAAGAUGAAAAGAUUGCAGGUGUGCACUGGAGCUAUGAGGAAACCAAGACUUUCCUUGCAAUUCUCAAGGAAUCUCGCUUUUAUGAAACACUCCAGGCUUGUCCCCGAAAUAGCCAGGUAUAUGGUGCUGUGGCUGAAUGGUUGCGGGAAUGUGGCUUCCUCCGAACACCAGAGCAGUGCCGGACCAAGUUCAAAAGUCUUCAGAAGAGUUACCGAAAAGUGAGAAAUGGCCACAUGCUAGAACCCUGUGCCUUCUUUGAGGACAUGGAUGCCUUGUUAAACCCUACACCCCACACUUCAUCUACUGAGAGACCAAAGGCUGUGACCUCUCUCCCACUAAGGAGAACUGCUCUUAGUGCUAAAGAACAGGUCGGUUUGGUAGAAGAGGAGGAAGAUGCUGAAGACUCUGAUGCUGAUGAAGUGGGCAUUGAGUUUAUACGCAAGUCUGAAAUCCGUGCUGCCCCUGUCUUGUUUCAAAACCUAAGUGGAGUGCAUUGGGGCUAUGAAGAAACCAAGACUUUUCUUGAUAUCCUUCAAGAGACCCGAUUUUAUGAAGCACUUCAAGCCUGUCAUCGAAAGAGUAAAUUGUAUGGAGUCGUGGCUGAACAACUUCGAGAAUGUGGCUUUCUCCGGACACCAGAACAAUGUCGAACCAAGUUCAAAAGCCUUCAGAAGAGUUACCGAAAAGUGAAGAAUGGCCAUGUACUGGAGUCCUGUGCAUUUUACAAGGAGAUGGAUGCCCUAGUUAACUCCCGUACAUCUGCCCUCUCCACCAACACCUCAGAAGAAAUGCCACUACUCUCAAGGCAAGAAAGGGGACAUAUUGAGGCUGAACCCCAAGAGCCUACAACCUGGGAACCUGAGGAGACCUUACAGGAGGCAGUGUUAGAAGAUUCUGGCAGCGAGAGAAUGAGUGAGGGGGAAAUUAUAGAAGAGCCAGAAUUUGAAGGACCUUCAGGCCUACCGCAAAGCCCAACUGAUUUUGAAAUUGGAAGUAUUAUUAAGGAAGAUCCAACACAGGUAAUAUUUAAGGACACAGAGCCCCAUAGGGUAUUAAUAGAAAAACCUAAAAGAUUUGUUUCCCAGAAUACCAACCCCAGUAAAUACUGUAAAAGAGAGUACUUCUCAGGAAGACACUGGGAAAACCUUCAAGGAGUUAGACAGGGAAAACUGAUGUCUCAACCUAAAGAUACAGGAAAGGCUGUGGUGCAUCAGAGGCCUUUGGUGGGUAGGAGACCAUACAGACUUCUCAAAUAUGGAGAAAACUUUGGAAGGAGUGCCCGUCUAGUGUACAGGAUGACCCACCAGAAGGAGAAUCCUUACAAGUGUAGUGUCUGUGGGAAGUGCUUUGGUAGGAGCAGGAGCCUAAUCAGACACCAAAGAAUUCACAAUGGGGAAAAGCCUUUCAAAUGUCUUGACUGUGGGAAAAGCUUUAAUGACUCCUCAAAUUUUGGAGCCCACCAGAGAAUCCAUACUGGAGAGAAGCCGUACAGAUGCAGGGAAUGUGGGAAAUGCUUCAGUCAGACCUCAAGUCUUAUCAUCCAUCAGAGAUCCCACACUGGAGAGAAGCCCUAUCAGUGUGAAGAGUGUGGGAAAAGCUUCACCAACAAUUCUCACUUCAGUGCCCACCGCAGAGUCCACAGUGGAGAGAAUUCCUACACAUAUGGAGACUGUGAAAAGAACUUCAGUAACUGCACAAGCUUCCGAGAACACCGGCGCGUCCACACUGCAGAGAAACCCUACACAUGUGCUCAGUGUGGCAAACAUUUCAAUAAGAGCUCUUUCCUCACCAAACACCAGGAAGUCCACGUGAGAGAAAAGCUGCUGCCAUACUCCCCCUCUGUGUACUCCCCAGAGAACCUACUGAAGGGCAAGAGUGCCGAGCUCAGGAAGACCUUUUGA